CUCUCUGUUCUCGAUUACCCUGUCCUGUGCUAGGUAGGGCCUUGCCUCUGCUCGGAGUCAAGUGUGCAUCUCGGAAACAAUAUCUUAUCCUAUUUUAUAUCUGAAGGUCUGCGUUACUAUAAACAACAAUGGCAGACGAAGAAUUGGAGGCGAUAAGGCGGCAGAGGAUGGCGGAACUGCAGGCGAAGCACGGGGAUGCUUCAAACAAUCAGCAGGGUGAAGAAGCUAAACAACGAGAAACAGAGAUGAGGAACUCUAUAUUGGCUCAAGUCCUGAACCAGGCUGCUCGAGCAAGAUUAAGCAAUCUUGCAUUGGUGAAGCCGGAGAAGGCAAAUGCUGUUGAAAACUAUCUCAUUCAGAUGGCCCAAUUUGGAAAGCUGGGAGGAAAGAUUUCUGAGUCGGGCUUAAUUGAGAUCCUAGAAAAAGUCAGUCAGCAAACGGAGAAAAAGACCACAGUUACAUUCAACAGGCAGAGGGUGAUGGACUCAGACGACGAGGAUGAUUACUGAAUUUAGGCAGAAUCCCUGGAAUGAGGCGAAAAAUCCAGGAGGUGAUAUGCAUUGUUGGGACUCUGCGAGGAUCUCUGACUUGUGCGUUCUUAUCAAAUUCCUGGGAUGCCAUGCUACCUUCUCUGUGUGCUUGGAAUGGAGUCACCAAAAAAGAAAAACAAGGACGUUAGAUUAAUGUUUUGCUGUGAAGAGAGUGGUUUAAAAACAGCACAUAGUGUACAAAGAAGUUUUCUUUUGCAGUCUCCUCUCACUCGAGUUGCUACAUGUUUGUACAGCUUGUGUUGUACCCAUGAUAGCUGAUUGCAGUGUUCGACUCCUCUUCACAACAGUUCCUUUCUUUGUUCCCCUACUCAUGGUUAAAGUCUGUUUUGCACAUAAAACAUAUUGCAUACUUCAUUCAGUCAAUUCAUUUUAUCUGAACGGUUCUGCAAUCAAUAUUGUUUUUUUUUUAUUCAGAUCCAACAUCAUGUUAGCUUUGAAUUGCUCUUACAUAGUUUCCUUGUUGCUGACUUAUAUUUCAAAAAUUUUCAUUAAAAAUAUUAAAAAAGCCUUAAA